CCUACCUUCUACUCUUCUUUUGUCUUUUUUUGUGGAUGCCCUGUUUAUACGACUACUACUACGACUACUACGACUACUAUUACUCUUAUUCUGUAACUACGCUUGUGAAGGAGGGGAGUUGAUCAUAACGGAAUUGUCGGGGAGAAGUUGAUUUUGGUCGACAGAAAGGCAGGCUGGCAGGCGGGUAGAGAGAACGCAGAGAGAGAGAGAGAGGAAGAAGAAGAAGAAGAAGGAAAGAAAGAAGGGAGGAAGAAGAAGAAAGGAAGGAAGAGAAAGGAGGAAGAAGAAAAAAAAAGACGACAACAAAAUGGCCAGAAUCAUCGACUCCAGAUCAUCCAAAUUCGACGCGUUUGCGAAAAGAUAUGCCAGCGGGCGACGUCUCCCGCACUCUCAACUCGAAUUCCACCUCUUCAAGAAAGCUCUCGGAGACUGCACCAACUACCGCGUACUCGACAUUGCCGGCGGAAUGGGAGAAUAUGCGCGACAUGCCAUUGAAGCCGGAGCCUCACACAUUGACGUCGUCGACAACCGACGCGAAAUGCUGCAACUAGGCGCCAAAGUGGAAGAAGAAAGUAAUGAAAAGAAUGACAAGGACGAUAAUCACAACAACAACAACAACAACGAAAAGAAAAAAGAAUCCGAAAAUGAAAACACCAACAACACCAACAACGAAACCGAAAAACCCCCCCCCACCAAAAAAAAGCCCGUCAAAAUCCACUGGCAUUUCGCCUACAACACCCUCCCCCUCUCCCUCUCCCUCCCCCCCACCAUCCUCCCCCCCUCCAGCUACGACCUCAUCAUCGCCAUGUGGCCCUGGGACCACGUCGCAACUUUCCAAGACUACAUCCACAUCUGGAAAAACAUCUCCUACUACCUCAAACCCGGCGGCCGCCUCGUCGCCGCACGCAUGACAAACCCCUGGUGCGAAGCCUUACAAUCCGGAAAAUACGGAGCGAAAUGCGCGUUAAUUCAGCAGACUGAGCAGAGGGGUGUCAAGGUUACGGUUACGGUGAAAACUACUCCGCCGUUUGAGGUCGAGUCGGAAAUGACGGAGGCGAGUUUGAGGGGUGAGACGGAGGUUCCUGAGGCAUUGGGGAUUGGGGGGUUGAGGAGUUUGGAGGUUGCUGAGGUGGAGAUUGUUAAGAGGGAUCCGGUGUUUUGGAGGGAGUUUGUGGAGGAUCCGUAUUUUGUGGUUUUUGAGGGGAGGAAGGUUGGUUAG